AUGACGCGGAGCGCUUCGAGCAUAUUACUUUUUCCUUUUGCGCUUGCGCUAGCCGCUCUUUUUGCUUUCGUCGCUUUCGUUGCUCUUAUCGCUUUCGUAGUUUCCGUCGCUUUCGUCGCACUUAUUAUCGUCGCUCUUUUUGCGUUAAUCGUUGCGCUUGCCGCUCUCGCGGCGGCGCUCGUUGUUGCUAUGACUCUUGCGAAGCGCCGAAUUAAAGUAAAGAGAUUGCUAAAAGCUUUAGUCGAUCUUUUGUUAUAA